AGCAGCUCUAUUGCUACAGACUCAUCUUUCCCAUGUACAUAUUGCUAGGGAAAAACAGCUCAUUUAGCAACUUAUGACAAGUUUGCCCCUUGUAGCUGGACAUACGAGCCUGUUUCCCUUGCAGCUAAGCAAUAACUCUGGAGCCAGGAUCUGGCAAAAGAACAUCUGACUUAGCGGCGACAGACUCGAGCAAGGAAAAGAAAGAGAAGCCACGAGGGAGGCACGCAGAGAAAGGGAAUGAUCAGAUAACAACAACUCGCUUCAGCUGAUAGAGUUUGGCACUGGUUGGGUGUUUGCUGGAAAGUCACAGAGAGGGAUUUUCUGCGUAGGGCGUUUCCAUCCCCUGCAUCCUCUGUUUUGGCUAUAAAAGCCUGUGCUUGGCGUCAGUGACUCAAAUGCCAAAAUGAAGCGUAAAGCAGAGAAGCAGGAGAGCUCUGGCUGCAAUGAAGGUCCAAAGGGGAAAAUGACGCUUUUGCUUGCGCUGGUAGCGCUGAUAUCUGCGUUUGGAUCCUCUUUCCAGUACGGCUACAACGUGUCCGUGAUAAACUCUCCAGCCCCGUUCAUGCAAGAAUUUUACAACAGAACCUACUUGGACAGGAAUGGGGUGCCUAUGGACAGCAGCUUCCAGACGCUGCUCUGGUCGCUCACAGUGUCCAUGUUCCCUCUGGGUGGCUUCUUUGGGUCCCUCAUGGUGUGGCCGAUGGUCAACAACUGUGGCCGAAAGGGCACUUUGCUGAUAAAUAACCUCUUCUCCAUUGUUGCUGCAAUCCUUAUGGGAACCUCAGAGGUAGCAAAAACCUUUGAAGUCAUCAUCCUUUCUCGUAUUAUCAUGGGAAUAUAUGCUGGUCUGGCCUCCAAUGUGGUUCCCAUGUUCCUUGGAGAACUGUCCCCCAAAAACCUGAGAGGUGCGAUUGGGGUCGUACCCCAGCUCUUCAUCACCGUUGGGAUCCUCGUAGCUCAGAUCCUUGGUCUCAACAGCAUCCUUGGGAAUGCCACAGGCUGGCCCAUCCUGCUGGGGAUCACUGGGAUCCCAUCACUAAUUCAGCUCGUCACGUUGCCCUUUUUCCCUGAGAGUCCCAGAUAUCUGCUGCUACAAAAGGGCAAUGAAGAGCAAGCACGACGAGCUCUGCAGAAGCUGAGAGGCUGGGAUGAUGUGGAUGAUGAGAUAAAAGAAAUGCUCCAAGAAGACCGUUCAGAAAAGGAAGAAGGACAGUUCACUGUUUUCAGCCUGUGUACCUUCAGAGGCUUGCGAUGGCAGCUCAUCUCUAUCAUCGUCAUGAUGAUGGGCCAGCAGCUCUCUGGGAUUAAUGCGGUCUUCUACUACGCAGACAGAAUCUUCCAGUCGGCAGGUGUGGACAACAACAGUGUUCAGUAUGUCACCGUGUCGAUCGGUGCCAUCAACGUCGUCAUGACCCUGGUUGCUGUUUUCAUUGUGGAAUCCCUUGGGAGGAGAAUCCUUCUCCUUGCUGGCUUUGGGUUUUGCUGUGUGUCCUGUGCAGUGUUAACUUUGGCUCUCAAUCUCCAGAACACGGUCCACUGGAUGUCUUACCUCAGCAUCGUGUGUGUCAUCGUGUACAUCAUUGGACACGCUAUUGGGGCCAGUCCGAUUCCCUUUGUGAUGAUCACCGAGAUGUUCCUGCAGUCGUCCCGGCCUGCAGCGUUCAUGGUGGGGGGGUCUGUGCACUGGCUGUCCAACUUUACCGUGGGGCUUGUGUUCCUCUACAUGGAGGCUGGACUGGGGCCCUACAGCUUCCUCAUCUUCUGUGCCAUCUGCCUGGCCACGAUGGUUUACAUCUUCUUUGUCGUUCCUGAGACGAAGAACAAAACCUUUAUGGAAAUCAACAGGAUCAUGGCCAAGAGGAACAAGGUGGAGAUCCAGGAAGAGAAAGAAGAACUUGAGGAUUUCCGCACUGUCCCAGGCGGGCAGGCGGAGAAGAAAGAAAUCUUCAGCAGUGGACUGUGACCCAGCCCAGUGUUUGGCCUGGCCCAGACGUUUUUCAGGAUCUGUUCAGCAGGAGAACAAAUAUAUCGAUUUAUCGUUUCACACCAAUCUUCAUUAGGACCUUCUGCAAACUUCCAACAGCAGGAGUUUCCAGUUAAGCCGUUGUUUCUUGAGAGUGUUGUCACUAUAAUUAGCAGGACCAUUCUGUUCCAUGGCACAGCCACUGCCAAGGCAAAUUACCCAUUCUUGGUAUUUGUCACAGGGAAAGGGCAACAUCCUCAGCCAAGCUCAGUAACAUAUGUUAUCCUGUAUGUCCCUGUAUGUCCUGACUGAGACAUCUCGGGUGACAGGAGCCACCACUUGGGCUGGUUUUGGUCAGUUGAGUGCCCUAUAUUCCUCUGAGGAACUGCCAUUUAUGUGUUUGAGGGUCCAGUGUGAGUGAUGCCAGGACUUCGGUGAUCUGGGCUGGAGAGAGCAUCAGUCGUUCUGAGAUACUUCGUUAGGUGGGCUGCUAAUGGCAUUUAUCCUGUCAACCCUUGUCCUUCCUUUGUGUGCUUCAAAGAACAGCAAAACUGGAAAUGCACGUCACUACAAUCUCACCCCCAUGCAGCUCUCCCAGCUCUCUCCUUCAAAUCAAACCUGGUCCUCAGCUGUUGCCGGUGAGUCCUUCCGAAGCCUUAUUCUUGAGGUUAGGAGUCAUCCAUCUGGCUGAUGCUGCUUCACAGCCAAUUUGUUCCAGUGACACUUUAGUCUUUGAGCUCUUCAGCUCAUUUCACUCCCUAGUGUUUACACUUCAGUUGCCAAAGAGCAACAGUCCCUCUCUUAAUCCUUUAAUGACCCCCAUAACCCUGCUCUGUAUACGAGUCAGUUGAAGCUCAUUCAUCCCCUAGUGAUACGUGGUGUUGGACUUGGGAAGAACCUCCUUGCUGCUUUGCUGGAGUCAAAUUCAGGUUGAUUCCUGUGCAGGUGGCUGCAGGUUGGAGCCUGUGUUUGCAAACAUAUCCAAACUUGUCUUUAGCCUCUCACAUUGAAGUGCUUAAAUUUAUUUUUUGAAAUAACUCAGCUCUCAGGUACUUGAAAACCCUUGAAAAAGUCUUCAAAUGGUUUAGAGCUUGGUCUUUCUACUGGUUUCUGGCUGUGUCCCCCAAGGGCUAAAUUGGCUGGAAAAGCCCUGAGUCUGAAGGACUCUCAGAUAAAGUAAAGUGCACACUGAUAAAAAAAUGGAGGAUUUUUGGAAGUAUUUAUUAGUUGAAGGGGCUUGGGGGUUAAUUACAGCAUAAUUUAACAUGGGGAAAUUCAAUUUAGUUAACUGUUAUGCAGGGCUGCUGCCCUCUGUUUUGAGAAGCGCAGAAUUGUUGAAAAGCCCGGAAUGGAUUUUGUUGGUUUUGGAGAUUAUAGCCCUUCACGUGAUUUAAGUUAACCUUAGAAAAUGAGUUUUAUACCUGCCCUCAAACUUGUGAUGUAUACAUGUUGAAAAAGAAGCUGUUUCCAUGCUUGGUCUCUACAUCCAUUUACAGAAAAGAAGGUAUGCCACUGAUCAAAGCACAGGACCAUGCUCUGUUCUGCGAGGGCUUUAUGUCCCUUUUCCUAUGCCAAACAUCUGCGGGGCAAGGAGUGGUGGUUUGAUGGUGAGAAAUGGGAAGGGAGGACACAUGAUGGUGAGAAACUGAGACUGGGUGAAGGAUGUGAGAGAUUUGACUUGAGAAGUGGCUCCUUUGACCAAAGAGAGUAGCUCUUUGGCAUGUAGAGAGAUCUAUGUAUAGGAAGUCAAGUCACACUCCUGGGAGGGAUGUGACAUACAAGGUGUUGGCCUGGGCCAAGUUCUGCUCUGCUCUUUGCCUCUGUCCCACUGAUGGAGCCUUUGCUCCUAUGUACCUACUUGGAAAAAUGACCUGGAUCACCAGCAGGUGCACAGCGUGCCUAUACAAAGCAUAAGGAGAAACAAGCAAAUAAUCUAAGUUUUCCUCAGUUUCCCCAGCCAAGCGGUUUUGAUUCUUCUACUGCUUUAAAAAGCCAAAAAGUUGGGGUUACUGGCAGCUGGUGUCAGACUCCAGAACCACCCCCCCAAAGAGGGUCAUGGGGGCUUCUCCCCAUGCGAUGAUAUCGCCCUUCAGUUGCCCUGGUUUGCACAGCGCAAGUGUCCGAACAUCUGCAGGACUGAGAACUUGGCUCCACAGGUUCACAUGCGUCAUCCACCCUGCAAAACCAUUGGAGAAAGUCCCAAGAAGAGUGUCCCUGUCUUUCCCGAGGACAAGCGUCCCUCCAGCCUGGCUCACAUACCCCUUCUGGAUGCUCUUUGCUUCACCAGCUGCUCCAUUGAGCCACAAAUUUGCCAUUCCAGACUGGGAGGCCCACGCCAUGCAGUAAUGCAGCCAAACUUGUGCCCUGUGGUACAGAGGGAAGCUGAUGAAAUGUCCUCCUAUCCACAGCCCCACCUCGGCGCCCACGGUCACCACCAGCUCGUUGUCCCUCUCCUGUGUGGAGUAGGACAGCACAGUCUGGCUGCCGGUGGGCUGCGCUUUGCUCCAGAAACACAAGGUGAAGGCCUGGAGAGACAUGUCGUGGAGGGGAUGAAUGUCCACAAAACUCUCAAUGUUUUCCGCAGGGAAGUAGAAAGCUGGAAAAGUGCUGGAUUUGAUACCUGAAAUAACCAGUGAAACAGCUGUUACAUUUCCUGCCAUGCGUAUAAAUCAGCCCAAAUCAUGAAGAAUACACCCUCAGAAAGUGGCAGGGCUGUGGUGGUCAGGCUGUUGUGAGCUACUGGCAUGUGUUGUACCAGCAGCGAGGGGGCCUGAGAUGAUGAAAAGCUUCACUGCCUCACCCAACUAUUUGGGAAAAUCACUUUAUUUUUCCUUCCCCCUUCCUCUUUUCUCAUCUUGUGUAAAAUAGAGAUUAUAGUUAUUUAUCCCAGGGGAACUAUGAGCUUAAAUUCCUCACUGUUUACUCUUCAUCCUUGGAAGGUAAACUGGACUCAGGAACAGAUGCGUGUUUCUUACCGAUGUGGCUCAUUCCUUUCAGCAGCUCGCUCUUCACGUCUUGGAGCUGCAUCUGGAUUUGUUCCAGUCUGAGGCCGAAUUCUUCUGGAUGGCAUUGUUCUAGAGCAACCAGACAGCUGCAUUUACAGAAGGGCAGGACCUGCACAUGGUAGAUUUUCUGCUUUCUCAUUUUUAAAAGGUUUAGGGAACAUUAUUUGUUUUCAUAUGGAGCUGAGACACUGCACUUUGUGCCUGGCUAACCCGCCAUGCCAGAGCUGUUCCUACAAUGGUUCAUGUCCCUCAAACACACCUGAACCCAGUAUUGUGUGUGGUGCCACAUAGCACCACUUGGGACACCUGUGCGACACCAUUGUGGCCAAAAGAAGCGGCUGGCACACACCCUGCAGCCACCGCUGCACCAUUGAAGUGCUGGCAGGCGAAGAGGCACCUGGACCAUCUCCACCAGCUGGGCAUGGACACUGUCCCUCUGAGAAAAGGGAUCUCCAGCAUGCCUAAAUAAAGUGAUUUGCAGCUUA